GGCAGCGCCCGCAAGUAGGUUACACAUUUUUUCCCCAAGGUUUCCCCCGAAAAGCGAAGGAAAACAAACAAUCCUAGUGCCUGUUGCCCUCAAAAAAAACAGGAUUCCAGUAACUAUUAGCCUGGCCAGAAGUUCAUCCAUUUGGCAAUAAUCUCCGGAAUCUCAUCCAAAACCCGCUCCAGCAUCAGAAACGCCUCCGAAAAUCGCAACGCCGCCAUGGAGUACAAGCUGAUCGGCCCGGAGCACUACAAACAGGUCCUGGAGCAUCUCCGCAAGAGCUUCUUCGCCGACGAGCCGCUCAACAAGGCUGCUGGACUGUGCCAGAACGGAUGCAGCAACCCCGAGCUGGAGGAUCACUGCCUGGAGGCCCUGCAGGAUCGGAUGAGUCUAAUGGCCGUGGACGAGAAGGCUAGCCAGGAUGGAAAGUGCAAGAUUGCCGGAGUGGUGCUUAAUGGCAUCCUGCGUGCUGGGGACACGUCCAAAGCUCUGGAGAAGCUCGAAGAGACCUGUGAUGCGGACUUCCGGAAGAUCUUUGAGCUGCUGCACCGUCACAACCUCAAGUACAAUCUCUUCGAGCACUUCGACGUGGACGCCAUGUUCGAUGUCCGAAUCCUGUCCGUGGACUCCGGCUACAGAGGCCAGGGCAUAGCCAAUGAACUGGUCCGUCAGUCGGUGGCGGUGGCCAAGAAAAACGGCUUCCGUCUCCUAAAGGCCGACGCCACUGGCAUCUUCUCGCAGAAGAUAUUCCGCUCCCACGGAUUCGAGGUCUUCGCAGAACAGCCCUACGACAAGUAUACGGAUGCGGAUGGGAAGAUCAUUCUGCCAGUGGAGGCGCCGCACAUCAAGCUACAGCUGCUCUACAAACGGAUCUGUAACGAGGGUAAGGACAGGGAGCAGGCCCAGUAAAGAGACACACACUCUGCAGCGACUGGACUCUGGUUGGAACAAUAAUCUUUUGUAUUUUCUACAUACAGAACAGAAUUGUAUAUUUUACGCAUAAUCUUAUUGGAAUGUAGUAGUCAAGGGUGGGUCGAUUCGAAAACCAAACUCGAAACAUAAUUUCUAAAACGGCGGAAGGAUCAAAAAACAUUCAGCUUAUAAGCUAUGAACUAAUGGAAUUGAUACAGGAUUGUCCGUCCGUCUGUCCGUAAUUAUUUUCAGUCUAUAUAAUAUUAUUACAAGCAGUAACAUUGAACACAUAUUUUUGGAACGUUAAGGACAAUAAUUUUGAAUAUAUAAUAAUACAUUUUAAAUUUGGCAUUUUUAUAAAAAAAAAAAAAAAGAAAACAAAUAU